GACCGUCUUCUGCUGCUGCUGCUGCUGCUGCUCCUGCAAUCAUUUAAUUAUUCUCAACAUAAGAUACUUACAGUGUGAAAUUCUGGGUUUGAUAAAUGGCGAACCAAUCAUGCCUCAGAAGUUAAAUGGCAAGAGUUAAGAGCAUUUAGUUUUUAUCCUGCUGCUUUUGUUUGUCUGUGGACCUGAACCUGGACGUCUUUUAACUGAGUGAUUUAAAUGAGAACGAGAUCCAGUAAGAAGAUGAGACACUGCGCUGGAGCAGCGUAGUGGAAGAAAGUGGAGGAGCCCUCCUUACAGUCCCGCAUUGUUCAGCUUUUUCUACACUUAUUCUGCUAGUUCAACUCUUUCUUUCAGCCAACAGACACAGUUAAGUGUCCUUGUUGCGUUUGAUGAAAGGGCAUUCACCCAGACACAGUAAGCCCCACUUUGAGGAUGAUGCAGGGCAUGCUGACUUUCCUGUGCCAGAGUCUUUUUGGCAGGACGCAAUGUAAGCCUGCUGAAACUCAAUUUCCAGGGGAGAAAGAAAAUGAGGCUACUGGGAACUGCAUAGAGCUGCAAGCUGAUCUCCAGGAAAAGACUGCACACUCCUCUAACGGUACAAAAACCAGCAGCGUUGUUACUCCACAAGUAUUAAUCAUGGUGGCACCACCUACGGAUCUUCAACAGAAAAUAGUGAAAGCAGGAGACAAAGACCUGGAUGGACAGUUAGACUUUGAGGAGUUUGUUCAUUAUCUCAGAGACCACGAGAAAAAACUCCGGCUGGUCUUCAAGAGUCUGGACAAGAAGAACGAUGGCCGGAUCGACUCGCAAGAAAUCAUGCAGUCUCUGCGUGACCUGGGAGUGAACAUCUCCGAGGAACAGGCUGAGAAGAUUCUCAAAAGAGUCAGGAGGGGUCAUAUCUGGGCCCCUAUCUUGUAUAUGGAUAAAAAUGGCACAAUGACAAUUGACUGGAAUGAGUGGCGGGAUUACCAUCUCCUUCAUCCAGCAGACAACAUUCCUGAGAUCAUCCUCUACUGGAAACACUCCACGAUCUUAGAUGUUGGGGAGAGUUUGUUGGUGCCUGAUGAGUUCACGGCAGAAGAGAAGAAAACAGGAAUGUGGUGGCGACACCUAGUGGCUGGAGGGGGAGCUGGUGCUGUGUCCCGAACCUGCACAGCACCACUGGACAGGCUCAAAGUACUCAUGCAGGUUCACUCUUCCAAGAGCAACAGCAUGCAUAUGACUGGUGGCUUUGUCCAGAUGAUCCGAGAGGGUGGUGUGAGGUCACUGUGGCGGGGUAACGGCAUCAAUGUCAUCAAAAUAGCCCCGGAGUCAGCUAUUAAGUUCAUGGCCUACGAACAGAUUAAACGAUUAAUUGGAAGUAACCAAGAGACGUUGGGCAUCACAGAGAGACUGGUGGCAGGCUCUCUGGCUGGAGCAAGUGCUCAGAGCAGCAUCUAUCCCAUGGAGGUCUUAAAGACACGAUUAGCCCUGGGGAGGACAGGCCAGUACUCGGGCAUCGUGGAUUGUGCCAAACGUAUCUUUCAGAAGGAGGGUGUGGCUGCUUUCUACAAGGGCUAUGUCCCCAACAUGCUGGGCAUCAUCCCCUAUGCUGGCAUCGAUCUGGCUGUCUAUGAGACUCUGAAGAAUUACUGGCUGCAGUGCUUUGCCACAGACAGCGCUAAUCCGGGAGUGUUUGUCCUCCUGGCUUGUGGCACCACUUCCAGCACGUGUGGCCAGCUGGCCAGCUACCCACUGGCCCUGGUCAGGACUCGAAUGCAGGCACAAGCAACACUGGAAGGGGGUCCUCAAAUGAACAUGACGGCCCUGUUCAGACACAUCAUUAGGACCGAGGGGCCCACGGGACUUUACCGAGGCCUGGCACCCAACUUCAUGAAGGUCAUUCCAUCUGUCAGCAUCAGCUACGUGGUCUACGAGUACCUCAAGAUUGCGCUGGGGGUCCAGUCAAAGUGAGAAGGCAUGCGCCCAGAGGAGAUCAAGAGGCCAAAUGUUGUUUUUUUUUGCUUUUCUUUUGAGCUGAAGAUUUACUGCGUUGGGCUCUAAGAAGCCCCAGGGUUUAAAGGAUUAAUGUGAAUGAAGAGGAAUGAGAACUUUAAAAGCAGAGAGACUGAGGAAGACUUUCAAGAUGGAGAAAACUGCUUGACCGAAACAAUUUGUGUUCGUUGCUCUUAUUUAAAUAUAUUUAAGCAAUGCCGGAUUGCUUCAACAAGACAAAAGUUUACAUUGAAUGAAUUAAGGUAGUUUACUGGGGUACCAGUACAUUGAUUUCAUAUUGCCAUGUGGCAGUAGUCCUGCUGGUCUGUGUAAAAGAUGAAUCUUGAAGGGCUUUGCUAAGGCAGUUAAACUCUGACCUCAGUUCAUACUCUUUUUAAUAUUGUUUUGGCUUUCAAGCUGUCUCUUGCCCUCUCUCCGCCCAAACAAAGCCACAAAGUCUCUGCUUAAUGAAAAAUAUGCAGUAGCUGUAUACUGUAGGUUAACUAGGCUUGAGUAAUAAUGCGCACAGAUGAUAAAAACAAGACCAUGAAUUUGUUUGGGUCUUUUUUUUUCUCCAUGACACCUACCGCGCUGUGUAAAGGUGGUAAUUACAGGGUAAUGAAACAUUGAAUUUCCUUUUUGUUUCCCAAGAUUCACAGCUUCUUCAGUUGCUUUAAAAGGUAUAAUGUGUUGUAUUUUAUUUAAAAAAAA